GCACCAGUCACAAUCGCCAGCCUUUCCUUGCCCGAUCUCAACCACCUUUGUCUGCGACUGCCAAUCCUUUGUCUCUAUGCAGAAGCAAAACCAGAAAGCAAGCCCUUCAUCAGAGCAGCGAAGCAGCGAAGUUCAUCUAUGUGCAGAAGCAACCAGAAAGCAGAAAGAAAACAGAGCAGCGAAGUCACUGUCAACCAACUACCUCCCCGAUCUCAAUCGUCGGCAACUCCACAAAUGCCUCCCCGAAUCUCAGCCCUUCACCACUGCCCUUCCUCUCCUUCUUCCACUGACAGAACAGAUUUGCAUUUACAUCUACCUCUUACCUUUGCCAGUCACCGUCCUCUCCUUCUUCCACGAUUCCACCAACAGAUUUUGAUAUAAAUAUAAAAUCUAAUA